AUGACCAUAUCAAUGAAGACAUCACUCGUCAACAGAGAUGACGGCAAUGAAGACAACAAACAAAAGCCAAAACUCUAUGCGAAGGACUCAAUGGAUCGAUUCGGUGACGACUUAUUUGGAUUAAUAUUAUCUUAUCUCUUACUCGAAGACCGGUUCCGACUGGAAUGUGUGUCCAAACAGUUCCAGAGGACAGUCUUCGAGAGUGUUGUCGACAUGAAGAUUGACGACAGACUUAUGUGGCAAAAGUCGACCGGAUUUUCAUUUAAUAUUCAAAUGUUGACAACAAUUGCAGUAAAGUUGGCAAACAUUCAGACCAUUGACUGCCGAGGAAUAAGGAAUGACAGACACUUUCACGAAGUGUUGGCCAUAUUUCGAGACAAUUGCCAACAUUUGCGGGAAAUUUACUGUCAAUUGCUAUCAAAUCCCAUGAAAUGGAUCCAAGAGUUCGGUCCUCUGGUAACGGGAAUCAGUGGUUUUGGCUUCAAUGCUUCGGACAAACAAACACUCACUCAUUGCCACCAAUUGUCUCACUUAAGUGUCUACCAGUUGCCCGAUGUCUUCGACACCACUUCCGGGCAAUUAUUAACGAAAAAUUUGAAGGCAUUUGUUUUGAAACACAAUGUCAUCGAAAAUAGUGUACAAUUGGUGUCGUUCUUCGCCGGCAAUCAAUCUCUCAAUACAUUUGCAUUCAAUGGUGUAAUUCAAACCGAAGAGUGGUUUCACGAACUGACGGACCAAUUGUCACGAUUAACACAAUUGCGGGAAUUGAGACUCAAUUUACGUCUACUGAAUGGCGAGAACUCAUUGUCUGAGUCUUUGCGUACAAUUGGCUUAAACUGCAAUCAAUUGCAACGAUUGGCACUUAAUUUGCAUUUAAACAAAGAAUUCAAUGGCCAGACAUUGGAUUCGUUGCGAUGUUAUCGACAAUUAAAACAAUUGAAUUUAACACUAUGUCAUACCAUCGAUGAGGAAGUGGUGGAACCGUUGAAACUCUGUCACCGAUUAACGCAUUUGACACUAAAUUUUUACCCAAUUAAUGCUAAUUUAUUUGCUAAUUGUGCUGAGCAUUGGCCACAACUUCAUUACCUAUCGAUCUCUACAAGUUAUAUGAGUCGCGAGUGUUUGUCUCACAUCUCAAGACUACCAGCGCUCAAAAAACUGGUCCGUCAAAGCCCUCAUACCACUCAUCUCUCGGACAAUGAUUUCAAUGAUCUGUUGUCGAGAAGUCCUAAACUAAAGAGCCUUACAAUCAACGGAUCCAUUAAAUGGUUUUCUAUUCUGUCGGAUAAUGAUUUGUGUCAUGACUACAAUAAUAGUACAGACUACAAUAAUAGUACAUCAUUUACUACAUCCCUCGAGGCCACGGAUGACACCAAUGAAGACAACAAACAACAGCCAAAACUAUACACGAAGGACUCAAUGGACAGAUACGGCGAUGAUUUAUGUGGUCUUCUGUUGUCUUAUCUCACACUCGAAGAUCGAUUUCGUUUGGAAUGUGUGUCCCAACAGUUCCGGAGGAAAAUCUUCGACAGUGUGGUCGACAUUAGUAUUGACGACAAUUUUUUGCUUCAAUACAAUUUGGAUUCACAGAAAUCGGUGACUAAAAUGAUGUCCAGAAUUGCCAUUAAGUGUCUAAACAUUUCAAGUCUUGACUGUCGAGGAAUGAAAUAUUUAUGCGACUCAAUGAUACCCAUUGUAUUGAAAGCAUUUCGAGACAAUUGCCGGCAUUUGUCUCGAAUUUACUGUCAUUUGCGAUCAAAUCCCAUGAAAUGGAUCCAAGAGUUCGGUCCUCUCGUAACCGGAAUCAGUAUCUUCGACACCACUUCUGGGAAUCUAUUGGCGAAGAAUUUGCAGAAAUUUGAGUUGAAAUGCAAUUGCGAUGAAAACAAUGAAAUGUUGUCUCAGUUUGUGGCACAGAAUCAGUCCCUCAAAUGUCUUCGCGUAGGAGCUCAUGGAAGCGAUAGUCACCAUACUUUGAUCCAAAUGUCUGAACAAUUGUCACGAUUACCACAAUUACGAGAAUUGAGACUCAAUUUAGCGCUAAGAAGUGGUCAGAACUCAUUGUCUGAGUUUUUACGUAUAAUUGGCUUAAACUGCAAACAAUUGAAACGAUUAUCACUUCAAUUGUCUUCUCGUGACAUAACUGGCCAUACAUUGGAUUCAUUGAAAGUUUAUUCCCGAUUAAAACGCUUGCGUUUAACAAUCGCUGCGAACAUCGAUAUAGAAGUGUUGGAACCGUUGAAACUCUGCCACCGAUUAACACAUUUGAGACUAAAUUUACUCCCAAUUAAUGCUAAUUUUUUUGCUAAUUGUGCGGACCAUUGGCCACGACUUCAUUCUCUAUCGAUCUUCACAUGUGAUACCAGUGUUUAUGGCGAGUGUUUGGAUCACAUCUCAAGACUACAGGCACUCAAAAAACUAGUCCUUCAUCUCUCGGACAAUGAGUUGUCGGAUCUGUUGUCCAGAAGUCCUACACUAAAGAGCCUUACAAUUAACCAAUCGAUUGAAUGCCCCAAUAAACUGCAUUAA